AUGGCGGCGCCCAAGGAGAUCUCGUCCAAUAAGAUGUUCGGCGGCGUGAACAAGCGCUACGAACACGAGAGCGCGACGCUCGGAUGCACCAUGAAAUUCUCCAUCUACUUCCCGCCCGCCGCCACCUCUUCACGCGUCCCGGUCAUCUACUGGCUGUCAGGUCUCACCUGCACGGACGAGAACUUCAUCCAAAAGUCGUUCGCACAGAAGUACGCCUCAGAGCAUGGAGUUGCUCUCAUUGUCCCUGACACCUCGCCCCGCGGGUUGAAGGUGGAGGGAGAAUCGGACAGCUGGGAUUUCGGCGUGGGUGCCGGCUUUUAUGUAAACGCCACGGUUCCCAAGUGGAAGAACUGGCAGAUGUACGACUAUGUCACAGAAGAGCUGCACCGGAUUUUAUCCGCGCACUACACUAAUCUGGACAUGCAGCGGUGCAGCUUAAUGGGUCACUCUAUGGGGGGACACGGCGCGCUGAUUAUCUUCUUCAGAAAUUCCACCAAGUAUAAGUCUGUGUCCGCCUUUGCCCCCAUCUGCAACCCCACGGAGUGCGCCUGGGGGCAAAAGGCCUUCUCAGGGUACUUGGGAGAUGACAAGGCAGCUUGGGAGGAGUAUGACGCUACAGCGCUCGUGAAGCAGUACCCAGGACCCAAGGUUGACAUUCUUAUCGACCAGGGCGACAGUGACAAGUUCUACCACGAGAAGCAGCUGCUGCCGGAGAAUUUCCAGAAGGCGUGCACCGAGGCAGGGGUGCCGCUGACGCUGCGCUUCCAGGGCGGCUACGACCACUCCUAUUUCUUUAUUGCAUCGUUCAUUGGGGACCACAUCAAGCACCAUGCCAAGGCCCUUAAGGCAUGA